CACUCCUGUAGUAGACUGCUUUUGUGGAUUGAAGAAAGAGAUGAUCAAUACUCUGGAUUUAGCCUGCUGAGACUCCUCAAAACGCAAUUUUUCAUAUUUCCAAUCUUAUGACUUGGUUGUCAUCUCUACAAGUACAGAUUUACACCCAUGGAGGAUGCAGAAAUGGAUGACGAGUACCUUACCUCGAACAGUAAAAUUGGCUACAAGCAACUCAUUCCUGGUGGCAACAAGCUUCAAAACUCAGUUCAUUCAUUGAGGAACAACCCUUUCCGGGUUGCAACACUCUGCCUCAGCCUGCUGUGUCUUCUCCUGCUGGUUGGAGUCAUAGUUCAGACUGUUCAGCAACGAAAAGUAGAGGAAGACCAUCAUAAUAAAGUAAUGGCUAUGAAUAUGGACAAAGCAAAUCUCCAGGAGAAAAUUAAGGCAGUGCACAUGAAGAAGAGGGUUCUUGAGAGCCAUCGUGUUGAACUACAGGAACAGAACCAAUACUUUUCUAAAAGGACAGAAAAGCUACAGACAGAUUACAAUGCAAUGAGUGACGAAUCAAACAAUCUUAAAGCUAGUAAAAGCCAGUUACAGACCAGCCAUGCUACUUUAAGCCAAGAGCUAGAACAGCUUAAAGUCAGUAAAGACCAGUUACAGACUGCUAACAUUGCCCUGUCUAAAGACAAAGAGCUGUUACAAAAACAACAUGAUAGAGUCCUGAAACGCAAAAACGAGUUACAUGCUAAUGUUGACUCUGUGACCAAAGAAAGAGACACUUUGGAGAGUAAAAUCCAAAAUCGAAACAGAUCAAAAGGUGAGCUGCAAAUAAGCUACAACAACCUGACGAGGGAAAUAACACAUGUAGAAAAAAGAUACAAUUUCUCCUCCUCUGAAAAAGGCAAGCUAGAAAGCAGUCACCAGAACCUGACAGAAACAAGGGACAUUCUGCUGGAAGUUACUGAAGUGCUUAAGAAAGCAAUAGCACAGUUGGAAAUAGCUUAUGGAACAUAUGAGAAUGAACAACAUGAGCUUAGAAUUAAAUGUGAUAUUGAAGUACAGGAAACAGAAAAGAUGCAGCAUAAAAACAGCAACCUGACUGCUGAAAGAGACCAGCUGCAGGCCGAAGCUCAGAGACUGAACGAAACUAUUCACGGAAAGAGAUGUUCCAAUGGCUGGAGGAUAUUUGAGAACAACUGCUACUUCACUUCUGUUUUAAAAAAAACCUGGAAUGGAGCCAGAACAUACUGCAAAUCCAGUGGAGCAGACCUGGCAAUUGUAAAAAGCCAGGAUGAAAUGGAUUUCAUCAAUGGUUUGUAUGAAUCUGACAAAGAAGUUUGGAUUGGUCUGACUGAUGAUGGAGUGGAAGGGCAGUGGAAAUGGGUAGACGGGACACCUUUAAACACAACGUUCUGGGGUAAGGGCCAGCCUAACAGCCAUAAUGGAAAGGACCAGGACUGUGUUGAGUUCUGGCACCGUUCGUCGGGGAGGGGUGAAUGGAAUGAUGAGAACUGUAACCAAGUUCAAUAUUUUAUCUGUGCAGUUUAAUUUUACUGUACAUGGACACCUGGAAGUGUAUCUAAACCUACUGAGCUCUCCUUACUUGUGAUCAUUGUGCUUUCAGAGCAGAACAGAAAACAUUGAAAUAAGGGACCUUGACCAGUGAAUCUGAAUUUAUAUGACUGUUUCCACAGAAAAUUAAACACAGCAUUGUUUAUAGAUUAAGGCUGUGAUGCGCAGGCUCGUGAUGAUAAACAUUUCAUGAAGUUAAACUCAGCUGAUUUCUGGCGGGUGCUGAUACACAUCAAUGGGGGUAAUUUGAGGCAAACUGUUAGAAAUGUGGGAACAGUUUGGUUUAAAGGGCACUACGAUUUCCACUGAUACAUUUAUUUACUGUAAAACAUCAUAUAAUUAUAUGAAACCAAUCAUUGAAUUAUAAGAUUUCAUUUUAACUUUACCCGUAAAUAAAGAUCAACCUUCCAAGAUUAUAUCAAGCUAAUUUUUUUCAUUGAGAAUAAUAGUUUAACAAACUCACAUGUGUUUUUGAAUCAUAGCUUUUAGGUUGUUGAGAGAGUUUUAGUCUUUUAAUGUUUGUGUAUGGUUAAAGCUUAUUGGGCAAUAGAGGACACAAAUCCAGUUAUCCAUAUGGCUAAAUUCAUGAUUAUCUAUUAUACUCUGUGCCGUGCAUUAUUCAGUAUGUGAUAACCAUUCAAUCUGCGCUUCAACAAUUUAAGCUUGCAUGUAGACGAUGGUUGAUUAAAUUGCAUUGCAAAUGUUUAUUCUGCUCAUUUUAUAUUCCUAAGAAUUUUUUUUUCUGUAUGGAUGUAAAUAAAAAAUAAAAAAGCUUUUAUUGAUUCUUCA